AUCAUAAAGCAGCCAGGCCGUGUGUGUGCACCAGUUGAUCUCCGGUCAGUGCGGACAACAGGUGCACUGCAGCCUCCCUCCACCUCGCUGCUGGAUAAUGCUCGCUGAGCGCCGCUCGUCGCUUUGCGCAGGGCUUCCUCGUCUGCACUUUGGACAUUUGCACGUUUUUGUAUCCUGAUCCUGACCACUUCCAGCCACUAAAAUGCCUUUUCCGCCUAUCAGUCUCCACCAGCGUAUCUCCUCUCCCGGCAGGGAACUAUUCGGGAAAAAGAAAGCCAACGGAGUGCCUCCUCACACUGAGCUCACCAGCAAAUCCGGCAGAGAGAAAGGAGGGUCCGAUAAGGAGAAGACGUCCACUUCUUGGACAUCGGCGAAUUUACGGAAUUUAGGGCGAAAAGCCCAGCAGGACAAGAGUAAAAGCCCCUCUCAGAAGGCAAGUACCGGCCAGGAGACGCAGGGAAAGUGCUCCUGGCUGUCGGUACCCAAACCUCAGGACUCAUCUGAAGGAGUCAGGCGCUCCAGCUCCAUGGACUCCGCCAGACACCUCCAGGGCAAAGAGGACGGGAAGAAGGAGAUUCAGUUUACCCUCAGUCUUACCCCUGAAGCCAUCCUUGUCAUCCAAAAACGAAAUCUAGAAAAGCAGAUGAUGGCAAAGCAACAGAAGUGCUGCGCCUCCGCGGACUUUCGACACAGGCGCGUUUUUCCAUCCAAAAAGGCGCACGGGGCGUCCAAGGGCUGCGCUCCUGUCGCCAAAGUGGAAAGCGCCGAGCAGGACAUCACCGCCAUUGUUAAGAUAUCUCUUUUGAAUGACCAAUACAAGUACGACGAUGUGGAGUACGAAGAGGAGGAUGGAGACGUGGAUGAGACUGUUGUGAGGAAAUGUAAAGAGUGGCUCAAAGGAGUGGAAAACGCCGCUGCUUUGGGAAAAGUCGACAAACUUUCUGCACUCCCGCACCUUAAAGGCUGCUGACACCUGACUGUUGAUAUUUUUUUUUUCUUUAGACAGCAGACUGAACAGAUGAUGGACUCUGAAAUGUGUGCACCGAUGUUGGCCUGCUGCAAUGGCAUCUUAAAUUUGAGUCUUGUAAAUUAAAUGUUUGCAAAUGUGAAGGGAGAAAAUCCACUUCACAGAAUGUCAGUUUGUUUCCAAGUUAUUGCAUAAAAUAGAUGUCAUGUCACUUAAAAAAUACAAUUGUUUAAGAAAUUGAAAACAGAAAUGUCACUGGAAUAAGAGGAAAUUUGGCCUCCACAAAAAUAAGAUUUGAAAGCGUAAUUGCAGUCUGUGGCUCAGCCAACAGUGCUUCUUAUGGUUCACAGGGACGUUGCUUUGCCUGCUCAAUGGUUUGUCAAAGUUUGAACUGAAUACCUUAAUAUUCUCCUUCUUUGCACAUGGUUUUUGUUUUCAGUGGGGCGCCUGUGGAUUGGCAGAGGGGUUUGCGUAAAGGGACGCGAAAGCCGCUCCUUUGUGUUUGAGAACAAUACACUAUCAACAACAGCGCUUUCUAUGCGCCUGCUGCUGAAACCAAACUGGACUGUUGAUUUUUCCUCUAAUAAGAGGGUUAUAUCCGUUGUAGGGAUUUAUCAGCGAUGUACAGUAUUUAAUAUUUACUAAAUGUUUGUGCUGUCAAACGUUUUCUCAGCUGAUUUUAUGCCAAUUGAAGUAAAAAAAAUGUUUGUUUUUUUAAUUAUGCAAGUGUGACUGACCCUUUUAAAUCUCUCUAAAGCUGAUUUGCGUUGUGCCUCUUGAUAAUUCUGUUACAUGAUGCUGAUUUGCAGCCAUUUAGAUUUCUUUUACUCUUCUGGCCACUUCCCAGACUGUAUUUUAAAGGCUCCUUUUGUUGCCACUGCACCUACCUGAAGCCAUUUGGGCAUUAGUGUUCUAAGCUUCUUAGAUUUCCUGUUAAGCAGGGUUGACCAGUGUACUGUGGGGCCAGUGUGCAUGAUCCCGUCAGGAAAUUACCUCCAGUCUGCUUUACUUUUGUUAUAUCCAACAAAACAGUGCAUGUAGCUACUAGAGAUAAACAGUGUUGCUACCAAAUAUCUGGGAGAUGAUUUCACCCAAAGUGCCAGAGCUAUAUGACCUGCUGCAAAACUAUUCCCAGUUUGAACUGAGAGUUUAAUCCUGACAUUCCCAGACUCGUGUGGUCCCCACUGAGCUACACAGAACCAUGUUUUUAUUACAUAAUGAACUUCAUGUACUGCUCAGGGAGAAAGAGGGAUCCACUGAGAGCUUAAUAACAACCCAGCACAUGACUGUUUCUAGCAAGAUACAAUAAACCACACUUAAAGAGAAA